AUGGCAGUCCCACCACACCUCCUCAAAGCCAUCGCCACAAGCGAGCACAACGCCCCGGAAGAGCGCGACGCGGCGCAGAGGACGUUGGAUAGCACGGAGAGGCUCAUGGGGAAGCGUCUGGAGAUGGGGUUAGAGCGUGAGGGCGGCCAGCAGGAUCAAGAUCAGGACCGCCGGGAGCAGAGAGGCGACGAGCAUGGAGAAAAGACGCGGACGCAGGAUGGUGAUCAAGUCAAAGGCGAAAAGGACUUGUCGGACAAAAAUGAUCAAUCGAAGUGA